GUGCACACGACAGGCACUCUUUACAUGCUCUUUCUCUCACGGAGCUGACAGCUGGUUACUCGAGAUACGAACAGCGGAUAGCCGUCACGACUAGCUUACUUCAUGUUAGCCAUGUCUAGAUUACCAUCAAGCUCGACGCUGGGCAUCUUUGCCGGACCAACCUUCAGUAACCACCCUUUCACUUCCUAUGGUCCCAAUAGCCCUGAGCGUAACUUGCUCUCACAGGCUUUGGAGGAGGUGAAGAAAGGCGCUCCACAUGAAGUAUUUGCGCAUGUUAACGGCAAAGACGUAUCGGCAGAGGCAACUAGCACACAGAGGAGCCCGUUCGACCAUGAUUUAGUUCUUGCUAAAUAUCCUUCCGUUGGGCCGGACUUGAUCACAAAAGCCAUUACUGGGGCUCUAGAGGCGAAGAAAGCAUGGUCGAGAACCUCUUUGGCAGACCGUGCUGCAAUCUUUUACCGAGCUGCGGCACUGCUCGAGACGAAAUACAAGUACCCAAUGAUGGCUGCGACAAUGCUCGGCCAAGGCAAGAACGCUUAUCAAGCAGACAUCGACUGUGUUGCCGAAUCUGUGGAUUUUCUAAAAUUGUUUCCUACCCUUGCAGAGACGUUGUACAAGGCUCAACCACCCAUCAAUGCAGCCAGCGUUUGGAAUCGAACAGAAGUCCGGCCUAUCGAUGGCUUCGUCUAUGCUAUAUGUCCAUUCAAUUUCACCGCACUCGCCGUCAACUUGGUCCUAGCACCGGUCACCGUCGGAAACGUGGUCCUUUGGAAACCCAGUCCUGGAGCCAUCUAUUCGAGUUGGCUUUUCAACCAAAUCAUGAUCGAGGCCGGACUGCCCGCCGGAGUACUGCAAUUCGUGCCUGGUGACGCCGAACUGGUCACUGAGGCCGUCUUCCGCAGUCGUGAUCUGGGUGGCUUGCAUUUCACCGGGAGCACAGCCGUGUUCCGAAGCUUACUUGCCCGCAUUGGACGGCAGAUGGAUUUCUGGAAAUCGUACCCGCGGGUAGUCGGCGAGACCGGAGGCAAGAAUUUCCAUCUCAUUCACGCAUCAGCAGACGUCAGGAAUGCCGCAUUGAAAUCAUUACGAGCUGCAUUCGAGUACCAGGGUCAGAAAUGCAGUGCAUUGUCACGAGCCUACGUUCCAGCGUCCUUGGCCGAAAAGUUCAAGUCGAUUUUGAUUGAGGAGACCAACAAAUUGUCCAUGGGUCCUGCCUUGACGGACUUCAUCGGCCCACUUAUCAGUGAGUCUGCGUUCAAACGUGUGCAGGGCUACAUUCAAGACGCAAAAGACGCUUCAGACAUAACACUCCUUGCUGGUGGCGAGUGCGACGAUUCUAAAGGCUACUUCAUCCGGCCUACCGUUAUCGAGGCCAAAGACUCGAUGAGCAAGUUCAUGCGGGAGGAGAUCUUCGGACCUUUCCUCUGUCUGUAUGUCUACGCGGACGAAGACUACGGUCCCAAAAUCUUCCGAUUGAUUGAUGAGACGUCCGAGUACGCCCUGACUGGUGCCAUCUUCGCCAAAGAUCGAGCGGCCAUCAUUGAAGCUACGGAAGAACUGAGGUUUUCUGCUGGUAAUUUUUACAUCAAUGAUCAAUGUACCGGCGCCAUGCCAGGACAGCAGCCUUUUGGAGGUUCUCGGUCGAGUGGAACAAAUGACAAGGCAGGAUCACUAGGUUUGCUGACUCGAUUUACCUCCCAACGGACGAUAAAGGAGAACUUCAUGACGAUCGACGACGCAUACUAUCCCUCGAAUCUGUUGUGAGAUCAUUCAGGCGCUGCACAUAUAGUGUAGGGAAAAGCAAUCUGGCGUCUUACGAUUGGGGCAUUCUUUGACCUUCAGGGGAAUGUCAUUUGCGACAGAUGCUGAGGUGAAGGAGAAAAGGGGCAG